AGGCAUUUUUACCCAAUCACCUCACGAAACAUGUCGGAAGCAAAUUUGUAUCUUUUAUCUUAUAGUUUAUGUUUUUGUCAGAGCAACUACUUGUGGGAUUGUAGAUAAUCUGCCGGAAUAGGAGAAAACCAUCCAGACAACUUUUCAUCUCUUGUCAUUCAAGCCAAGGACAUACAUUGCUUCUCACUGCAAACUUCUCUAACUAAACCGUAACUGAUUGGUUAUAGAAGAAACCAUGUCGGAAACAUCAUUAGGGAAAGAACAUGAUCAGCACACACGGACAACAAGCCGUUCAAAACCCGGAUUUUUGGAUCGUCUGAGCGAAACUGCCGGAGGCACGGUUGUUGGGGUUGUGCUGUUCGUGCUUUCCUUUUAUGUCCUCUUUACCAAUGAGGGACGGGCUUUGCGCACAGCUUCGUCCUUGGAGGAGGGUCUUUCUCAGGUGGUGUCCCUACACCCACACUCCAGGCCACAGGAGAACAACAACAACCGACUGGUUCACCUGACAGCCCCGCUGCGCACCUUGCAGCCCCUCCAUGACCCGAACUACAGAGUGGCAGUGCAAGCAGUGAAGCUGAAGAGACAGGUGGAGAUGUAUCAGUGGGUGGAGUACAGCGAAAGCAGAGACUAUGAAGAGGGUGGAGAAACCAAAACAGAGACUACGUACAACUACAAUACAGAGUGGAAGGCGGAGCUUAUUAACAGCAGGAACUUUGAUAAAGAGAUUGGUCACAUCAACCCCAGUGCCAUGGCGGUGGAGAGUGUAACAGUGGUGGCCCCAGAUGUGCAGGUUGGACCUUUCUUUCUCUCCAAAGGAAUUGUGGAUCAGAUUGAGAACUUUCAGACAUUGAGUCUGAAGGGUAUCCCUGACCCGGAGCCAUUUCUCACCGUUGAUGAGGACUACUUCUACCACACCCCAAACCCCCGCCGACCAGAGGUGGGAGAUGUGCGUGUGAGCUUCUCCUAUGCGGGCCUCAGUGGGGAGGGCACAUACCCAGGACCAGCCCAGAAAGUCAGUGUGGUGGCCAUGCAGAGGGACGACACCCUGAAGCCUUUCAGGACCAAGUCGGGAGACAUACUGGAGAUCAUCUACUUGGAGGAGCUCAGUGCUGAGGAAGUGUUUGAGAGGGAACUUAACUACAACAGUAUGCGGACCUGGGCCCUCAGGGCUGGAGGCUGGCUUCUGAUGUUCCUUGGCAUUAGCCUCAUGACCCGCAUCCUCCACACACUGGUGGAUUGGGUUCCUGUUCUGCGAGAGCUGGUCAGUGCUGGCCUGAAGCUGUUCGCCCUGUGUGUCUCCAGCUCCCUCUCCUUACUCACCAUUGCCUCUGGCUGGAUCUUCUAUCGCCCCCUGGUGGCCAUUGGGCUUAUUGCAAUGGCUGCAAUUCCAGUUGUCAUCGGACGCAAUCGAGCCCCGGCCAAGAAAAAACAAUAACGUUUGAGGUUCUGAACCCAUGAGCUUUCUUUGAUUAAGGGACAUAUUUGUCAAGCUACUUUGAGUAGUUAAUGCUAACUGUAGGAUAACUUUUGCCUUUUAAAAUGUCUGCCUUGACAGCGGAACUGAAAAUAGAUUUACUCUGAGGACGCCCUCCAGAUUUUCAGUAAUAAUAAUCUGAAAUCCAUGGGGUACAUAUGUAAGAUGUGAUACGGUGUAAAACCAAGAAAGUCAGCCAAACAAUUUCCAAAAGACAAUGUAUACAUAUUGCAACAACUGUUCAGCAAUCACCCCAAAGAUGUAAUAUGUGGAGCGAUAUUAAAGCAUGCAUUAAUGUUACUGUAGAGCCAUUGAUGAAUGUAUCUAUAUUGGUAGUAGACACCGUUUAUCUACCUUUUAUUUAGCAUGACCAUUUACCCACAUGUGUUGAAUGUACAUGGAACUCUACUUUCACCAUGACCAGUGAUAUGUUUAGCCACCUCUUGUUUGAUAUUAAAAAGCAAAAUAAACCUGUGUUUUUGAA